AUGAAUCAUUUCGGUUGUCCUGAAUAUUAUUAUGAUACAUUUCAAUCGGAAUUUGGAUUUUUUAUUCCAAUCUUAUUUUCACUUACUUAUAUGAUGACAUUCAUGUUGAACGUUGGCUACAUUGUUGAGGAACGUCGGAAUAAAGCCAAAGAAUAUUUACGUAUAUUUGGUCUUCGCACUUGGAUUAAUAAUUUAGUAUGGAUCACUCGUUCGAUGUGUGUCUAUGUUGUGCUAAGUAGCAUUUUAACUGGUUUCAGUGUACUUGUUUUACCCAGUUCGGAUACAACAUCAAAGAGUGUUGGCAAAGCCGUAUUUAAUUAUGCUCAUUGGACAUUGAUAUGGACGAUUUUAUUCGUUUAUUCUAUUCAUUUGUCAAGUUUUAGUAUUUUUUUUGGACAGUUUUUUAGUCGUCCUUUAUUAGCAAAAUUUCUUGCUUUUACCAUAUGGAUUUUAACUUUCAUCGAUUUUUAUAUUGGAGCACCAGUUGCCAUUCGAUAUUUAAUGUGUCUAUUUCCUAAUACUGGUCUCUUGUUUUGUUUGGAAGUCAUUCAACAAUACGAACGCAAAAGUGGUGAGUGA